AUGUAUGUGUCCCCCACAGCUCCAUCUUUAGUUCUUUUACUCAUAAUCAAGGAGAACCAUGGAGAAGUGGAGAUCCAACUGCAUCUCAAUUGAAGUCAUUGCUUUUUGAAAGGCUGCCAAUGGCAGGCGGGGUUCCAGCUGGCUGAAUGCAUGUUCCCAGAGGGCAUGGAGCUAGCUGUUUGUAACAUCCCCUGCAUGCAUUUGUUCUGCCCACCCCAGGCUCUGAUCCUACUGGUAGCUGUGGGGGCAACAUGUACACUGAGCCUCCUUAUAGUGUGUGGGGUCCUCAUUCUGGGUAUGGAUCACCCAUGGCAGGGCCUGUGGAGGACAAGGCUGCCAGGCCCUGGGUUCAAAGUGAGCAAGCUUCAGACAUCCGCCAUCAGGACGCCCGACUGCUGCCAGAUGGGGCUUGGCCCAGCCCAGUCCUGGACUCUACCUCCAGGGCUCAGCCACCCACUCCCUUCCAACCUGUCCUCAUGGAGAGACCUGGGCUAUGGUGCCUUUGGAGAGGCCUGUGAAGGUCUGGUGAUUGGCCUUCCUGGGUGGCUAUCAAUGUCAGAGGGGGUGGGACUUCCAGCUGCGGUUGAGCACUCAUUUCUGCAAGGGUCUGUGGGCUCUGCUGCAGGCCAAGUAGGUGCCCCAGAGGCCUUCCUGGAAGGCACCUUUACAUCCAAGACAGACUCCUGGUGA